GCUGCAUCAUGAAGACAUGACCCCCGACCUUCUCGUCAAAAGGCAGUCGUCCUCGUCCCAGGCCGCUUCCACAGGCUCGUCUGCUCCAGUCUCCGGUACUGACUCUCCCCCCGAUUCUUCCUCUUUAUCUGCAACGGCCUCCGCAUCUGUAUCUGUCCCGUCACCUACUGUAUCCCCCUCUCCUUCCCCGUCCAACGCCUCCUCGUCCAUGUCUUCCCCGUCUCCAUCUGCUUCCCAAUCUUCUCUACCCUCAUCUGCUGCCCCAUCUAAUUCAUCAUCUCCUCCACCCACCUCUGCACCUUCCCUCGGCCAGCCCCGCGUCUUCCCAGACGCCUUCUUCCUCUUCCCCUGCCUCUUCCACGCCGCCCUCUUCCUCCGCAACUUCAACUCCCUCAUCACAGGCGCCGACUUCGACACAAGCCCCAUCCUCCACCACACCCACCCAAUCGUCGACCUCACCUACGACCAGCCAACAACAGACCACAACUCCUUCGUCUACUCCCCAACCAACCUCUUCUACACCCGACACUUCCUCUACCCCGCCUCCAACCACUUCCUCAUCACCGGCUUCUUCUACUUCCGAUCAAAAUACCUCUUCCAGUCCCCCCUCUGUCUCCUCAGCCGCCCCAACAUCGAAUUCCCCGACAUCUCGGCGAGUCGAAACCGCGACAGUACAGUUUUCAUCACCACUACCAACAGCCUUGGACAAACCGCGACUACCGCUCCUCCAGAAAUCACAUCGACCUUCAUUUCGACGAAAAGCGAUGGGGGUGCUACGACUGUGACGGAGGUCAUCGCGAAUCCCACGCUCAGCCCUGAUGAUAAUUCGCACUCUGGCUCCCAGUUCUUCAACAACAAGGGUGCAGUAGCGGGCGUGUUCCUCAUCGUCGGCUUGGCAGCCGCCACGAUCUGCCUUUGGAUAUUCUUCUUCGUCCGCAGACGACGACGCACACGCAGGCUCGAGCACGAUACGGCCGUGUCCGCCACGCUCGCCGCGGUGGGCUUCAACCGCACCCCCCUGGUUGACGACGAUGACGACGACGAAGAGGCCGGCCGCGGCGCGUUGCGACAUCGCGGCGGCUCAGGAUCACUCCAAAUGGCGCAACGCUCCGGCAACCUCUCGCUGCCCACGGACGACGAGCUGGGGGUCGGCCGCGGCUUCGAUCCAUACGCACCCUACGGGCCCGUCGCGGGUUCCGGUCCCGCUUCGCAGGGCUACAUCCCAGCCCGCACAGCCAGCCCUCCACCGGGCCCGGGCACAGGGCACUAUCCGCAAGACAGUGUGGGGAGCGCGGACCGCACGAGCGGGCACUCGCCUUCGGGGCACAUUCCACGGUACAGCGCGGGCAGCUACGAGCCGCUGCUGGCGAACAUGUCGUCGCAAGCGUCGCCCACAACACCUGGAUCUGCGGACGACGGGGAGACCCGCGCGCCGACACCGCCGCCGAGGAAUCCACUGCGGAAUUCUGCGGGACAGAAGCAGACGACGGAGGAGGGGGAGGUGUCUGGGGAGCCGGACGCGAGGUUGAGAGGCGGGACGGAGAGCGGAGAUGAGCCGAGGGAUGACGUUGAUUAUUCACGACCUGUUCUGGAGGUGCGGAACGUACCAGACGCGGACGAUUGAGCGAGACUCGCUUGUAUAUAUGCACACGAAUGCACACACGCACGUACACACGUUUGUCCCCCUUACUUAGUGCUCGCGGACAAGGACUCCUUCCUGAGUAGUAGUAGUGGUACUGUACUGACCCCCCGACACGCUAAGCCAAGCAACCCGAGCUGCGUCGCGCCUGCCGACAGCCGCCGCCGACGCAGCAUGUCUAUCCUUAAUUUCACCGCACCAUUAUUUGCCACACCCCCUCCACCCUCAUUUUUUUUGGCUACGGCGUGAUAGCCUAUCUCGCAUUGCAUUUUCUGGUCUAGUCCCUAUCAGACACCUUAUCAGACACUCGACCACAUACAUCAAGAUACCUCAGUGCUUCGGCUAUA